AUAAGACACACUAAGAUUUAGUUACUACUAACGAGUAGUCGAAAACUUUUUAACAACAAAAAAAACUUGUGUUCUAUCACUUGUUUACUCACUAACAAAAGUUAUCUCAGAUUUAUUUUUUAUUCAAAUCUGUAAUUAUAAACAACCUCGAGAUGCUGGCAUUAACCGCGCUAACUGUGCUACUGGCGACCGCAGUGACAGCCAGACCGGAACCCCCAGUACUCGGGGGGCAGCAAUACCUACCGCCUGAUCAGCAGUACGGUCCACCACGGAGAAACAACGGGUUUGGCACCGGAGGGAUAUCAGGUCAAAGUGGACAAAAUGGAGGAGGGUUCGGAAAUAAUCAAUACCUCCCGCCAAAUCAGCAAUACGGAGCGCCAGGAGGUAACAACGGCGGUAACAACGGCGCCGGAUAUAAUGAUGGUUAUAAUGACACUCCAGCCAAGUACGAAUUUGAAUACAUGGUAAACGACAUUGAGAGUGGUAACGACUUUGGACACAAAGAAAGCCGUGAUGGUGAUGUUACACGUGGAACUUACUACGUUCUUUUGCCUGACGGACGACGUCAAACAGUCGAAUACAUAGCGGACCAAAACGGGUACCGACCAGUCGUCACUUACAUGCAAGAAGGCAAUGGCGCUGGAAAUGGUUACCGAAACGACGGUGCCGGCAAUGGUUACCCAGGCGGAAACAAUGGUUAUCGUUAUUAGUCUCGUCUACUAUACGGACACUACUACUCCAGACAUAUCAGCCUAUUGUUAUGCUGGACCAUCCAUUUCUUUCGCAAACAUUUGCUGUUAAAUUUACCACUUAUUGUUCCGCAUCAUCCUCACUAAAUGACCAAUCAUUUUUUUUUCUUUUUUACUCCACUAAUUACUAUUAUUUUUUACCAUUAUAUAUAUUUCAUUUUUUAAUAAUCACGUGAAUUCAAGUGCUAGUACUAAAAAAGGCAUA